AUGCUUGUAUCGAUUGAUCAGCAUGAUGACGCGCACUCUUCUUUCCUCUUUCUCUCAUGUCGCUGUCCUGCCUGUGUCAACCCUCCCCCUAGUUUCACCGACGCGCCGAUGCUUCGAUAUACGAGUACAGCGACGUCAUCCCACCGCAUUCGACCGAAUGCCUUUAGCGGGUGUGCGUUCCCUGUACCUUGUGGAGUGGGAGAGCGUGUGUUGAGUCGUUGCGGCCCCGAGAGCGUUGGACGUGAUGCAUGGGAUGGGUUGAACGCGCUGGUUGACAUCGGAGGGACACUCAAUUCCAGUGCUUCGUUACCUUCCGAGGAAACAAGAGCCAUGAGAGACGCCAACAUGUCCACCGAUAGAUGUGUUCUACGGCGCCUAGGAGCAUCAGAGGGAAACUUGUCGUCACGAGAAUUCGAGUGCUUCGUUGCGAGCAACUUGCGACGUUGUCUCGUUAGGAAACAAGAGCCAUGGGAGCCGUUGAGAGGCGCCAACAUUUCCUCCCAUAGAUUCCCAAUCUUUGUGUUACACCGUCGGGCGACACAGAAAUCCACCCAUUCAUUGGACAGUUGGCACUGUUCAUUCACUUCUUAUUGGCUGUCUCCCACCAAUUCCGCGGCACUUCCUCAACUCAUCAUGGCAGCAGGAAUGCUCGCUCCUCUGCGACAUGCACGUCCAACCAGCCACCGACGUCAUCUCGCGCGGAAUACAACUCAGCGAAUAAGCAAGCCCCUUAUCGCUAUGCGGAAUGGGAUAAAAGGCGACGCUGCUCUCUGCCAUUCCUCACUCCAACCACCCACCAGUUGA